ACAAUUACUGUACGAAAAAAAAAAAAAACUGUGUAGACUGUUAGGUAGAAGGUAACUUGACGGAAACUACUUCAGAGCUUCUAUUUAGAAAUUUAGCUGAACUGGAUGUUUCCAAUUGAUUAUUGGCUCUCUGAAUUAAGUUUCAUGGAAGAUACAAAUUGUGCAACAAAUAUGCGAAGAAACUUCUAAGCUUCCUUUUCCAUGGAGGUUGAAACGUAGCGUUCCUACCAUUCAAGUCCUUUUAAAAAUCAAAGUCGGCCAAAGGAGAAGGGCACUCUUCACUUCUUCAGCAACUUGAAGGCUUCUUUAUGUGGCUAUCCAAUCAGUUCAGGCAAUAUGCAUUCUAGGUGUUUGCUUUAUUGCCUCUGAGAGCUACCUAGUUUGUACUGGGUGCAAUCCUAACCCUUUUUUUUUUUUUAUUCUGUAGAUAUUUUUUUGUGGGGGCGUAAUUGGAUCGUAUUUGCUAUCAUCAGAGUUUUUACUAUAUAUUCUUAAGAAAACCUCUCACUCUAAUACUCUAGCUUUAGGAUGUCAAGAGCGAAAGUUGUAGUUCUGUUCGGGUUCAUGGCCCUUGCUUUGUCUCUUUUUCCUGAUGUUUGUAUGGCUCAUUGCGUCCCUUCUUCCUGUGGAAACCUUACUAUAAGUCCCCCUUUCUGGCUAAAAAGUGAUCGUAUCAAGUGUCCUGAGUCAAAGUAUGAACUAGUUUGCGAGAACAACCGCGCCACUUUGCGCACCAGGACAUCCAGAAAAUUCUUUGUGGAGGAAAUCUCUUAUGAGAAUCAGACAGUUCGACUGCUAGAUGUCAGUCUCCAUAGGAAUAAAUGUUCCUUUCCCUGCUCCCUUCUUCUUACAUAUCCCUGUGUGUCUAUUUCUCAAUUUAGCGUUAUAACUAAUAAUAGCAUCAUGUAUGUUCUAAAUUGCAAUAUGAGGAUAAACUCAGCACUCUAUGUGGAUGCCUCUAAUUGCACCAAUAACCCUUCCUCUCCACACACGUACUUUUUUCUUUUCAAUGAUGACCAAACACAGGUUUCGGAUUUCAAUGAAUCAUGCAGAAUUGAAGCACAGUUUCCGGUCAUGCUAUCCAAUAUCUCAGGCCUCUCUGCCUCUGAUAUUUACCUUCAAAUGCUUAUGGGCUUUGAACUGCGAUGGGUUUGGAUCAAAUUAAAUAACCGGGGCUGCGGUUUGUGGCAGAGUAUGUAAGUAUUCAAGAACUUUCUGAACAUCUUUACUUUGCAUUUGAGCAGGUAGGAAUAAUCCUAAGAUCGACCCAUAAAUUAACUUGUAUAUUCCAAUAAAGCCCAUCUACUUACUUUUAUUCCAAAUAUACCCCUCAAAAUUUAUUUAGUAUCAAAUAAGCCCCUCCCUUCCACUGCACAUUCGUUAUAUUUAACGCAAAAGUUAAUUGAAAAAAAUGCCAUGGGGCAACUUGUUACAGUUUCCUCUCCGUUAAUGUGUUAAUUGAGAUAGCUCCCUUGUCUAUUGUGAAUAUUGGCAUGGAUGCUUUGUAACUGCUCUUUCAUCUCCUCUAAUUCUUUAUCAAGCAACAACCAUUUUCCUUGCCUCCUUGGCUUUGCAGAGCCAUUAGCAAAAUAUUGGAUUCAUCGAUCGAAAUUACAUACCCUAACUAGAAAAUAGAGGAAAAAUUACCUU